AGAGGUCAAGGCCCCAAGUCUAUAAGAUAUUCCGCUUGACCCCUCCUUGUUUGGAUCGCUGACAGUGUCUGGAUCCUCGCUCAGCGCUGUUCUCAUUUUCAGUUCAUUUCCAUUGCUUACUCUAGCAGCAAUUUGCCCCUUGAACACUAUCACAUCAUCAGCUGAACAAAAAAACACAGUCGACACCUAAACCGCGUCCGCGUGACGCCCAUUUGUCCGAGCAGAGAUCCAUCUAUAAUCACCUGGCCCUUGCGUCACUAAAGCCAUUACUCAGACCCCGAUUCUCCGGUACAAAUAGAACAAAGCCGAAGAGUCUUUGUCCUGCACCCGUCAACUCUUUUUCAGGUCCACGUCCAGGUCCAAUUCCAGACUUCAACACCUUCCACUUACACUACAACACCGUCACUGCCCCAACUCACCGUGCAAUAUGUCGUCCCCAGCCAACAAUUUCCUGACCCUCAUUCCCGCUGCCCAUCGGGUUGCAGUGAUCUCUCCCUUCACCAGCAACCCCAGCGAAGAUAUCAUCGUGCCAGUCUUGCAGAAAACCCGACGUUCGUCUUCCAGCGCCACCACAGACUCCAACACUGCUGAGGAGCCGUCGCUGCCCGCCGAGGCGGAGGUGGUGGCAUCACCAACCGAAUCAGUUGACGUCCAAGUCACCGUCACCGAUGUGGCUACCGAGCAAAUCGUCCCCGUCCAAAGAGUCGGCCUCCAAACCUUUCUCCGGCUAGGCAACUAAGAUCUACCGCGCCGCAUUAUGUCUAUCUGUUUUGCAUCUGGGUCACGCAGAAUUUCAUGGUCUGAAACCAUAUGUCUUAUAAUCAACUACCCUUUACGCAACGAAUUUCUUUUAAUAAGUAUGUCAAAUAUGUUGGCUGAUAGAUCCAUUCUGGAGACUGGAUGCCCCUGUUACUUUCGAUCUGAUAAGCACCCUACUACAGGACUAUCGCCUCCUUGACUGACGGCAUUAUCUUAUCUGGCGUUUCUGGUGAUGCCAGAUUGUGUUCCAGCUUGGAAAGCGCUUUCGAUCCCCGGCUGUCCCCAUCGUAAGGGCAUGAUGAGUACUGCCAUGCGUGGAGCGUGGUAUGUAGAAGCUAGGUGGGGCCUCUAUUGCUCGGAAGACCAGGACGUUAGGUUCUCGCCAAUAUGCAGCUAGAGAACAAAGACUCCAAACCCGGGGCAUGAUAGAGGGGAUCGACAAGGUCAAAUGAAUCACAUCUACUUGAUUUUAGUUCAUUUUCCUGUAUGAAUAUUCUGUGACCAGUCCUACUCCAUAGUGGCAGUGAAUCUUGAUUCAUGUAUUAUUCAUGCGAGCCUCUUCUCCCAGCCUCCAACAUCAAAAGUCCCCCAGGUUGUACAAGUGACACCCUUAAUUCUUGGGCUGGGAGGCGGUGCCGUGGGGAUUCUCGAGAUCUUAACGGCGGCACAGCUAGGCAUCAAGUGUCAAGAUGAGGCAUGCUUUAGUAGGCUUCAGGUGUCUACGGUAGCCUUCGUAUUGGGAGAAGCUUGAAGCCACAAGACAAGUCACAACGCCAGAACCACGAGAACUGGGUGUCAAAUCUCUCUGUCUGGUGCAUCUGUACCAUACCUGGGGAAGAUGAGCGACU